AUUGAUGUGGUAUUAGGAAGCCAUAAGUAGCUGGUAGCAAAAUGAAGAUGGCUGCGAACAAAUAAUGAGGGAACUACAAUGUCUGUCUCUGUUUUCUGCCGAAUCGAGUCCUUGGCUUAGAACAGCUGAUCGAUGCAUCUGUCAGGCAGAUUGGAAACAAAACAAUGAUUGCCAAAUUCAAUUAAGUUGACAGUGUUUAGUUUAGUAUUUAGUGAGUGUAAGUCAAGUGAUCGCGCCAACCUGUGAAGGGGAAAAUGCUGUAGUCGACUAUAAAAAUACAUUGCAUACACAUCAAAGAAAAUGAUUCCACUAUUUUCCUGCUUGGUACUUUGUUAUUUCGCACAGUUUUCAACUGCCAACGAUUUAGACUUGAACAACAACAUAAUACCAAAAUGCCCAGACUUCAGUUUCAUCCAGAAUGGUAGAGUUAACCAGUUAUCAUCGGCUCCCCUGGGCUUUGAAGUGGUCUGUAAUGAAAACCAUGAAUUGGUUGGGCAGAGCAAAGUGUUUUGCAGGGAUGGUAAAUGGGACUAUAGCAGAAAGCCAAAAUGUAUGAGGAAGUGCAACGAGCCUCCUCGUAUUAUGUAUGGGCAUGUGGUUGAAAUUGAUAGCGACAGUGAUUCAAAGGGUUUUUAUAAGCCUGGUACAGUGGCCACAUAUGAUUGCUAUGAUGGGUACUUGUUGUCACCACCAAAGGGUCAAUAUCAAGUUUGUGAGAUGGGCUAUUGGCUUGGUACCAACUUUUCCUGUGUUUAUGAGGAGCGUGUUAGAAAUUGUAAGCAGCUGAAAGAAAUUAAGAAUGGGUAUUAUGAGCAUCCAAAGAUUGAAUAUUUGGAUGAUUUUGCUGUUGGGCAAAGUGUUAAGUAUGUUUGCAACAGUGGGUACAUCAUGAAGGGGAAUAAUACUCAAAAGUGUGAGCCUGAUGGGAACUGGUCUCCGAGAACACCACCAAUAUGUGUAGCCAAUGACGAGAGCCAGAUGAGGUGUCCCAAGCCCCCCACGUACCCUCACAGCGUCACCAAGGAUCUGUCCAGUUUCCAGAACAUCGCUGCUCCACUCUCCGGCACCGAGAUCGAGGUGUUUUGCAUCUCCAAGUACAGGAACACCAACUCGCCUUGUCAGGCUUCGAGGAUGAAGUGCAUUGCUGGACAGUGGAAGGGAAUUCCACCUAAUUGUGAGCCGGUGAGUGGAUGCCCCUGUCCGCCGAAGGUGUACUUUGGAAGUCCGUUCCUGCUGACCCCGUCCGAGCUGGACAUGAAGAUAUGCAACUAUCCGAUGCGUUCUCAGAUAUCUUACAUCUGCCUGCCAGGAUACGAGCUCGAAGGUGAAUCCAUCCUGACGUGCUCGGCGGAUGGAUGUUGGGGUCCGUCGGAGGCGCCGGUUUGCAAGUUGAAGCAACGAUACUACUACCGUGAGUUUGAGGCCAACGGCGGCGAACCGAUUGUCUUCUCUCUGGCGACCGGCGCUGGUGUCCUUUUGCUUUUGGUCGUCGCCUGCUUGAUAAUAGUUUGCAGGAAACGAAAGCCAUUGUCUCGGUCUGUCGCCAUUCCGCCGCCAGUUCCACGGCCCGAUCUGGCUGACCAUGCGAGCCUCCUCCAUCCUCCGGAUAGGUUGGCCCUCAUUGCCUUCGCCGACGGCAUGCAAGUCGGGCAGUCGGGGCUGCCCACGUACGAAGAGGCGACGCGCGACAGGAAUUUGGGUAUACCGAACUCGAGGAUCCACCGACCUCCGUGGCCGUCCCUAGUCGGGCGAAGAUCCCGUAAUUCACCGAAUCCCGAAAACAUGCUUUUCACUAGACAAGGUUCAUUCGCUUCGCAUUCUGCAAGCACGAGAUCAGGAGGUGAUCCGAUGGGUUCCACGGACACCAUGGCCGUAUCCGAGAACUCGACCACUGUGACUUUGGACACCGCAUCCUCGCAUAGCGGAUCGCAGCCGGCCUCCUGCAGGGCCCACUGCGGUAGUUUGGCUUCAUUCGACACGAAUUCGGUCCUGAACACGGAAGGUGUUCCCUUGCUGGAGGAGAGCGAACUGGAGGAGAUCCAAUGCGGCGACACUGUCUCUCUUGCCAUGGAGAAUCGAUCCAUGUGUGACAACACCUCCUACAAGCUCUCUACGGCUUCCGAUUUGGCUUAGAAGAAGAUGGAAGAGAUGCAUACUGUUUACGGUUUGAGCGUUACAACUAUUUGUUUGUUUAGUUUUUAAAACAUAUCUCGUAUACUACAACAAAGUAAGUUUAAAAACCAGAUCAAGUUAAAACGCACGAAAAAAAAAAUUGUAAUUAACGUGUCGAUCAGUCUAUAAGCUUAAACCUAGAAUCCUUGUGUAUAUAUUAAAAAUGAAUAUCUAUAAAAAAUAUAUAUAUCGAGAGGAUGGAAGGAGUUGCGGCGGAAUUUAGUAGAUGACGAAUAUUUUUAUGGCGCAAACGACGUAUUUCCAAAGAUGUAAUUAUUCGUGAACGGAGAGAAAUAUAAAUAUAUAUUUAUUUUGUUAAAUAUUUUGUAAAUCGAUGAAUAAUUAUUACUGAAGGGAUGCUUCAAGUUUUUCGCAACUAGGUAUUAUAUGUGUGUGUAUGCAUGUUGUCCGAGUUCGCUUAACCAGUUUUUAGGACGUGCAUAAUAGUAUUUUGUCCUGAUUAUCCGUCUAUGGCGCAGAAAUCAUCCGUUAAACGCACUAUACAAGUGGCCUUGAACGUGACUGCCAACACCCAAAAAAAAGCUUGGAAUAUCUGUCGUAAAAUUUACAAAUUUCUUUAAUACAAUACAUUACAAAUUCUCUUAGAUAAUCAAUUUAAACUUAUUAAAUUAGACUUUGCUCUAAUUAUCAAAAACAUCACGCCAAAAAAUAUUUGUGUUUUUGUUGAAGCGAUUUGUAUGAAUAAGUUUAGAUUAUAGAUCACUAAAUCUUGCUGUAUCUAAAAGAUGUUGUGAAUUGUAGACUAAAUCUACUUGGAUGUUUGUUUUUUUAGAAAAUGGUAAUUAGGAUCAUACCUAAAAGUAGUUUUAGGGCUAAUUUUCAUUAAUUGGAUAGGUAUUAAGUUUCGCGACAAAAUGAGACGAUAAUCGGAACUCAUAGUAUAUAUCUAUAUAUAAUCAGUGGAUUUCUAAUUAAGUAUUAUAUAAGAGCUAAUAUUUAGGAAA